AUGAGCGCCGACGAAGCUGGAGAAGCGGCCGCCAUUUCCGCUACAAAUGGCGACUCCCGCGAUAUCACUACCAUUGCAACCCCCGGAAAGAGGAAGCGUUCUACCCAGGAUGAUCCCAGUUCCUCUGCGCCGCGCGAUCGAGCAAAUCUCCACGAAACCCUCAGCAACUUGACCAGGCUUCUACUCAAGCAUGACUCCGAGCUCAAACUCCUUUCCUGUCCCUUCCCAGCAUCUACAGCCAAGCCUCGAACGAAGCGCGCGAAGGUCUCCGGUGACCAAGAUACCUCCAAUAUUCAGACGCGCGUCAACUCGGAUCGAUACAGCACUCUACAGGAGUUCCUUCAUGAUAUUGAAAGAGCAUCAGCUGCCGUCAUUGAACGUAACCAAGGCCAGACCAAUGGUACAAGAGACGACGGUGCACCCUUAACUGAAGUGGUCAAUCAGAUUGCAGCAUUCAAGAAACACAUGAAUAGUUUAGUUGGCCAGACUUUCGUCAACCAGGCUGAAAUCAAGACCGAGGCGAUGGAGGAUGAUGAUGAUAGCUCCACAGAUCUCCACGCGAUCAAUUUCUGCACUCGUGAGGAUAAACAUGCAUUGACACUCUUUGGAAAUCCAGCGCACCCACGGCAGCUUUUUUCAAGUCUUCAGAAGUCCAUGAAGGUGCCAUUACAGUCCGAGUCUGGGCCUGAGAAAUUCGUCGAAGUACAGGAGGAGUUGCGCGACACCGCUUUGCCCAACGGCAUCACAACCACGAAGGUUGCUCCUUUCAACCUGGCCGCUGCAUCCCUACCGAAGCGGACAUUCGGUGAAGUGUUCGCUCCACGUCCGACACUACCACAGUUGGAGCCACCGCGCAAGAGAUCCCACCGGAGUAGCUCAGUCUCCUGGAUUGAUCGCUUCGAUGCCACUUUUGAUAGCAAGUCGUUCCUGGGUGAACGAAGCAACUAUUGCCUUGCACCCCUGCCGUCUACCCAAUGGGUUCAGUACGGUGGAAUUACAUCGUCACCAGCCUACUGGGACCGUGUUGAGAAACAACACACAGACUCGGAUAUUGUUCACAAAUCGGGCGACCCUGCUCUUUGGAGCGGCAUCGAUUCGUCUGCUCUCCAGGGUGUCUUUUCCUCGUUUGCGCCUUCUUUUGACAGUUCCAACUCAAUCGUGCAGCAAGAUUCAAAGAACAUGGUUUGGUGGGGCCAGCGAGGCGCAAACCGCCUAAGCACUCUGCUGUGUAUUCCUUUUGGUGGAGAAUCAAAACAAGAUGGCACAACAGCUCAACCUGGCAAUAUCGGAGACCUUGAUGAGAGUUCUUUAGAGGAGAUGGUCAAGUCCUUUAACCCUGACGACUUUGCUCAAGAUAUCACACAACUCGAUGUGAAGACUGCAGAUGAUCCCGAAUCCAGAGAGAUCAAGGAAAUGCUUGGCGAUAUUUCUGGAUUGCUUGAUACCCUCAGCUCUUACCAGCGGAUUCGAAACCUUGAUCAACCUGCUUCUUUUCCCAACCACCAGGAAUCCGAGACAAAUGGAACUCCUGCGCCUGAUUCUACCGACGAGAACACGCCAUCUGAUGCUGAGUAUAGCGUCUAUGAGACCCUCAAAUCAAGUCUUGUGGCCAUCAUCAGCACCCUGCCUCCUUAUGCUGUUGCUAAGUUGGAUGGUCACAAACUAUCCGAAUUGAACAUCAGCCAAAAGAUUUUGAUUGAUACUCCCGACUAUAAUGGUACUAUGGAGAAGGACGACUUUACUUUGUCUCAGGAAAGGGCAGCAGCACUGAUGGCAGCAACAUCCGCGGCAAACCGGAAUUCGACGCCCUCUUCCCAGCGGCCCCCUAAUUACCAGGGGUCUCAACCAAGCUACAGCCAGCGUGCUUUUGCCUCUAACGCCCGCCUCUCACAAUCUCAACCAGGUUUCCAGGGCGCCCCUCAACAGGUGCGCCAACCUUCAGCACCAUCUACAUACACCCAGGCUUAUGGUGUGGGUCGUCCACCCAGUACACCCAGCCAACAGCGCCCCGGCCACCCCUCUCAAUACUCACAACCGAGUCAAGGCCAAUACCAGCGCCCCGCUCCUAACGGCUAUUAUUCCGCACAGCAAGGACAACCAUCCCAAGGCACACUACAACCUUACACAACACGACCCAGCCAGCCAGGCUUUAACGCUACGCCGCAGGGCCGUACACCUUAUACCCCCGCAGGCUCUGCCCAACCCCAACGAGUCCAGUACCCAAAUCAAACCCCCUCACAAGGCGGCUUUGCUGCAAACUCGGCCGCGGCCGCUGCUGCUGCCACACAUGCCCGCAGUGCCGCGGAACAAGCUGCAUUGAUGGACCGUAACAAGGCCCAACUGGCUGCCCAGCAGACCAGACACAGCCCGUCAACCCCACAGCCACUGGGCUUGGAGUCACAAGAGGGCAGCGCAACACCGGGAAGCAGGCAGAAUGGCACACCUGCCUAA